AGCUUGCUUUCCAAAAAUGAUUGCUAAAUGAUAAGAUAUUUCCUUCUGCGAACAAAAAAAAAAUGUAACAUUACUUUCCUACCGUACAUUUUGUUUGUGAUUUCUGCGUGAAUAGUUCUGGAAGCAAAACAUUCCAGUGUAUAUCACGUUCGCCAUUGUAGUUAAAUUUAACGAACGAUCACGGUCGCGGAAAACACAAAGCUGGGAAAGCACUCUAAAAGUUAUUUGCAACGGUCUAAAGAUUAUCAUCGACCAUAGCUGCGAUUAUCUACUGCUACUGAUUCACUCAUCUUCCUGUUCGGGAGCCAUUCAAGCUUGUGAUACCGAUAAUUUAAUUAGCAACUAGGGUGGGCUUCCGGCAUACUACUAAUAUUCAGUCGCAUUUGACCCGUUCAUUAAACAGAAAAGCUGUUAUUUGCAACCUCAUCACUCAGUAUAAAUAAACUCCCAGUCCUACAUAGUUUACUAAAUCAUUCAUUACAAACCAAACACACAUAUUUACAAUGUUUUUGCCUUGUCCGUUACAAAUUUUUCGUAAUAGUUUACAGUGUAUGACAAAUUUGCUUAAUAAGUUGUCUAUUAGAUUAAACUGGCCUUCGUAUUGUUGUACGUUUACUGCCUAGUUGUCCUUAACAUGAAUCUUUGGUUGAUCACGGAUGGUUUGGUACUCUGUGGUAAUCUCGUUAGUGUCUCUCUUUUAUGACCAUAAUGCUGUUUGUUUAUUCAGCUUUAUGGAAAUGUCUAGUAACGCAAGCCAUUACAUAGUGCACAGUGUAAUCUUUGUAUACUUGCACGUAUUAAUCUAGGUGACGAAAUAUGCGUUAUCGUUGUUAAAUACCCUUAUUAAAAGUAAAAUGGUUGUACAUGAUACAAUAAGUUUGUGGUAAACGCUUGACAUGAAGUGUUGAAAAUUAGUUAUAACAUUAUACCAGUGUUCUUAAUGAACGAUACAUUCAACACUUCAUACUUUUGAGCGUCUACGGAAACAUUCAUCCGGUGCGUGAAACCGUGAAGCCCAUUGCUCCAAAGUAAUUGCUACACACAUGCUCGAAUUACCACUCGUUAUCAUACGAUUGUCGCAUCGGGACCGUACUCAUCUAAAUAAUCUGCUCUGCAAUGCCACACACAAUAACAAGGCUGUAAUAAGGUUUUACCUAACCUGCAAGCUUCCUGUAUUACCUGUUCGCUUAUCUACCCUGGCUACGAUGGCAUCGCUAUACACCAUUGCAUUCAGCCUCGUAAAUGUAGUAACAAAGCUUGUGCCCUACAAUAACGUCAAAAUGUUGUUACCUUUGCCAAAAAUCCAAGCCAUCGGUUGGACCUGUUAGUAGAAACUUCCACUACCUACGCCUUGUCACAGUAGAGUGCACCAGCCAAGUACUUUGCGACAAUCUGCCAACAUCGACUAGUUCAUGCUAUGAUCGAGGCAACUGACCUCAACUGUGCGAAUUGCCGGUAAAGCGUGAGGAGCCAUGGGCAGCUGGUUCGGAUCCGAACGCGCGUUCGUUUAAUAUCAAUUCUAAACGCGUUUGAAUUGAAUGGUUCGCAAAAUAAAAUAAUAUAACGCACGUGAUGGUGAAUCUUCCGUCAGUUCAUGGCUGAGAGAGGUAUAUAAACUGCGUUCAAGUGUGACACGUUCCGUGCGUGACUGAUCAUUCGUAGUUCGUUAAAAGUGUGAAAAAAUUGUGUUAAACAAGUGAACGCAUACAUACAAAAAGGUGUAUAUUCUUUUUAGUGGAACAUUUAGCGUUAAUAUUAUUUUUUACAAACUUCAAUCAUCUGUAAAGCAACAACACCUUAAGCAUGUACGGGCUGCUAGUCCAUUUCAUUAAAGCGAUAGAUCGCAUACCGACCCGGUUCAACGUGUCUAUUAUGUUGUUUAUGGCAUGUCUCAUCAGCUAUAUGUUACGAGUAAACAUGUCUGUCAAUAUAUUGGCAAUGGUGCAGCCAAUUCAAAGCAACAUCAAACAAUCUGCACCCUUGGACCAUAACAACAUAUCUGAUGGAGCAACUAAUCAAACAAUGAUCGAAAAUUCAAAAGUCCCCGAUUAUGGUCCACGAUAUAAUUGGAGCUCUCACGAUCAAAGCAUCAUCUUGGGCGCCUAUUUCUACGGUUAUCUGAUAUCGUCGCUGCCGGCCGGUAUUUUUGCGGAACGCUUUGGCGGACGUAAUAUGGUUGGACUGUCGUUGGCAUUUAGUGCACUCCUAACCGCAUUAACUCCCCUAGCCGCUGACAAUGGCAUGUGGGCCACUAUUGCCAAUCGCGUGGCGCUAGGAAUUUUGGGUGGCUUUUUGUAUCCGGCAUUACACAACCUCAUCUCUAAAUGGGCACCCCCAGACGAGAAGGGAAAGUUCGUAUCGGCUCUCAUGGGUGGAACAUUUGGCACGGUUAUCACGUGGCCCCUGGUCGGCGUUCUAAUUGAGACGCUCGGAUGGUCCUUUGCAUUCUACAUUCCAGCAGUAAUCUCUGCCAUCGUAGCAGUGCUAUGGUACAUUAUUGUAGCCGACAGUCCAUCAACCCAUCCUCGCAUAAAAGCGGAAGAGAAAGACUAUAUAGAAAAGUCACUCGGCGACACAAUCUCGAAAUCGAAGCUCUUACCACCAAUUGCAUCACUUGCUACAUCGCCACCAUUUUUGGCCUUGCUAGUGUUGCAUUUUGGCAACCUGUGGGGCUUGUACUUCUUGAUAACUGCAGCACCUAAAUUUAUGAGUGAGGUACUUGGAUUUAAGCUUGCCAAAGCAGGAUUCCUAGCGGCACUACCAUAUCUAGCAAGAUCAUUGGCAGCAUUUUUAUUCGGAACAGUGGGUGAUUUGCUUCGUAAAAAUUCGAUUAUGCGCGUCACUGCAAUACGCAAAUCCUUCUGCUUAUUCUCUCACAUAAUACCCGGCCUGUUUCUCGUUGGGCUAAUCUACAUUGGCUUCGAUCCAUACGUUUGUGUCGCCAUCAUUACACUCUCGCUCGGGUUUAACGGUGCAUCUACGAUGACCAAUCUCCAAAACUCCCAGGACCUGGCGCCUAACUUUGCCGGAACGCUGUACGGUAUCAUUAACUUUGUCGGAACGUCUAGCGGCUUCAUCUCGCCCAUCCUCGUAGCUCACUUUACCGUUCAGCAGAGUACUAUGGAAGAAUGGCAAUAUGUUUUCAUAAUUGGUGCCGCGGCUUACAUCGUUCCUGCGCUCAUAUUUAUCGUCUUUGGUUCAGGACAGGUACAGAAAUGGAACGAACCGAAACAAACGCAAGCGAAUGCAGAGUUCCAACACACCUAAGUUUACGACAAACCCCCCGAAGCUACAUUCCCACACAACUCUUUCUUUUGCCACACUCUUUCCUUCUUCUAUCGAAUCUCAGGACAAUUUACUGUCGAUAAAUCGAACCCUACCGUCAUACGGUAACACUCCCAACCAUACUAACGAAAAAGUAUUAUUAGCUACGAAAGGCAAACUCAUGCUCAUGAUGGUGCUCAUGAAUUAAAUUUAGCUAUAUGACUUAUAUUAGAUUCAUUUAUAUAUGCAUUCAAACCAGUCCCCUAAGUCUUGGUUAUUUGUAUAUUUGUAUCAAACGUAUGUCAGUUAUGUUAGCGUCGAUAUAAUAACAUAAAAACAUAAAAAAAUUGUUCAAAAACUUCGCAUUUUUGCCGUCGUUUGAGAAUCCCGUGAUACUUUUGGUGAAUCCCAUCUUCUUUGUUCCAAACGAACUAAACUGGUUUAACAUGGAAUAAUAGAAUUAGGCCACUCUAAUAUAUGGAGAACUUCACUUUCGUACAAAACAAAAUUUAGAAUAUAUAAGUAUCUCAUGAUCAAAAUAUUUUUUAUGCAAAUAAAUUGUCCAAUUAAGUAUUUUACAAAAAAAUACUAUGAUAGAAGAUAAUUAUUUAUCGAUUUCAUAAAAAUAAUUCACGACCUGCUAAUUGCGUAACUUGUAUUUAAACAUAGUACAAUUAAAAAUAUUCAAAGUGGCUCAUUUGAGAAAAAAAAUAAUGAAAACAAUGCAAAAAUACUCUAAAAUAAUAAACAUAGUUUGGAAAUAACAACAGUAGAACAUCCCAUAAAAAAAUGUGUAUGCAAAAUAACAAUGAAAUACCCGUAAAAUGGUUCCGAGAAAUAAAAAGGGGAUCUUAAAUUAUGCUACCAAAUAUAUAAUUGAGAAAUUUUUAAAACAUAACUAAAUUGUACAAAAGGACCAGAGAGGCGAAUGCUAAAAAGCCUCGUAAAAAAAUAAAACAACAACAACAAAAAGUACCAGAACUCCUUUAAAUAAGUCUAAAUAUGUCCAAAUGCGCUAACACCUCCAACAAUGUUUGUGGUUCCUCCAAAUUUAGGUUUUGAAAAUAUAGGAAUGGAACCGAAGUAGUUAAAUUUGAAAAAGAAACGGAACAGAGCCUAUUCGAUUGUUGUAUGGGAUAUCUUUUCUUUAUGUAAAAUAUAAUAUAAUGUUAUCUUGUUUCAAUUCA